AGAGUACAUGUGAAAGAACUUCCUUAUCGACAGUGGCAGCUGUCAAAAAAGUUCUUUUCCGGUUUAAUUCAUUAAGAAGAAGAAAUUAAACACACAUAAUGGGACGUUACUCUCGUGAGCCAGAGAAUGCAACCAAGUCCUGCAAAUCGCGUGGACCAAAUCUACGUGUUCAUUUCAAGAACACUCACGAGGCCGCUCAAGCCAUCAAACGCAUGCCCCUGCGUCGUGCUCAGCGUUUCUUGAAGGCUGUCAUUGAAAAGAAAGAAUGCGUUCCAUUCCGUCGUUUCAACGGUGGUGUUGGCCGUUGUGCACAAGCCAAACAGUGGAAGACCACCCAAGGUCGUUGGCCCAAGAAAUCCGCUGAAUUCCUUUUGCAGUUGUUGCGCAAUGCUGAAGCCAACGCUGAUUACAAGGGACUCGACGUUGAUCGUUUGGUCGUUGAUCACAUCCAAGUGAAUCGCGCCCAAUGUCUGCGCCGUCGUACAUACCGUGCUCACGGUCGUAUCAAUCCUUACAUGUCGUCACCCUGCCACGUCGAAGUGAUCCUCACCGAAAAGGAAGAGGUCGUCGCCAAAGCACCCGAAGACGAGCCAGCCAAGAAGAAGCUCUCCAAGAAGAAGAUGCAAAGGCAAAAGGAGAAGAUGAUGAGGAGCGAAUAGAUGCAAUUGGUUUGCAUUAAUUGAUUGGUGUUUAUAAUUACUGGAGAGUCCAAUAAAGCUUUGGACUUUUUUUUAAGAAAAAA